CCUCUAAACAUGGCGGCUCCCUAGCGCUAGCUAGGAACCGAACGCCACAGCUUGUAAUACGAUUUAUUUGUCGAUCGAAACCUCGCUGAGAGGAAAAAAGAAAGAGAAACGGACUGGAAGGAAACAAACCCGCAAUGGAACGAAACGUCGCGGACGACCUGAAUCGAGAAUUCGGGAACGACGUGAAAAACCUGCGCAAGGCGAAGAACUAUCAUGCUUCGCUGAUGGUUAGGAAGCAAGAGGUCGAGCAGAGACUGAAGGCAUCGAAAGGCGGUGCAGAUCCGGAGCAGUUGAAGGGAUUGCUCGGUUUCGCGCGGGAGUCGCUGGAAAAGAUGCAAAUACUGGAAGGCGUACACGGCAAGAUCUUGAACGACGUGUCGGCGCACCUGGACAAUGCGAGCCUGGUGAAGAAGGAGUUUGAGAGCUCCCUCGCCGACAUUCAGAAACUACUGCGGUUGAAACAGUACUUGCAGUGGAUAGCCAAGAUUGAAGAGACAAGCGAGUCUAUUGAGGAAGCGAUGAGCCAAGGCCAGGAUGAGCAAGCUGUGUCGCACCUGUCCUUCCUGCUGCAAGUGUGGCAGAGAGUGCGCGCCUCGGCCUGCACCCACCUCGUCAACUUUCUACGAGAAACCAUCCUCUACUGGCAUCAGAUUCUCAGAGAUAAGUUUGAAAAGGAGUUCAACAAGGUGCUGCAUUCCAUGGGCUGGCCCAUCCUCAACACAGGUGUCAGCGCGCCGGUCUCGUACACGCCAGAGCUGUUGCUUCCGUUCGAGAAGAGCUUCAUCAACCUGCAUAAGAUUCAGCUGCCGGAAGGCUUAGAGGGCUCCCAGUUGGACGUCGGGUCGACUACGUCAGUGCUGCCCCUGGAACUGAUGCUGCGACCUCUGAAGAAGCGCUUCCUCUUCCACUUCACUGGGAAGCGUCAGACCAACAGACUCGACAAGACGGAGUGGUACCUGAGCCAGAUUCUGACUUGGGCUGCUGACCAUGGGGAGUUCUGUGAUCGCUUUGUCCAGGCGAUUCUUGUCAAGGCAGGUGUGGAAGGCAUGCAGGCGAGGCUGGAGCUCAUGCGCGGACUGGUCCAGAUCGGCAUCCACAAGCUGCAGAUGGACUUGCCGUCGCUGCUCGCUGAUGACCAGCUGCUGACGCAUGCCAUCGAAGAGGUGCUCCUAUUUGACCGCGAACUGCGGAGCCAGGGCUACCCGCCCUUCUACCCGUGCAUUCUCAACGUGCUCACUGCCGACCACUGCUUCAUCCGGUGGAUCGCCCUGGAGAAGAAGUAUGCUGAUGAAAAGCGCGACGUACUCCUUUCGUCGCCAACGGCGUGGAAGCCGCAUUUCCCGAUGGAAGGCGACGUCGACGAUCUCAAGGUUCCCGAGUGUGCUGAGGCGUUCAUGAUGAUCCUCUCAGCGAUGACAGAACGUUACCGCCACCUUGAGCAGCCCUACCACCGGCUCAAGUUCGUGAGCUUGCAGCAGAUUCUCUUAGAAGACUGGAGGCUGUGCCUGCAGCAGAUUCUGACCGCACGUCUGGAAGAGCUGAACCUGGUCGGCAUCUGUCCAAUCGUGAACGCUGCCCACUACGUGGUCCAAGUGCUAGCCCAGUGGAGCAUACAGCCGUUUUUCGUUGAGCUACUGGAAGCCUGCAACGAGAUGCAGCAGAAGGAGAAGCAGAGGAGGCAAAGUACAAAACAGGCCAAUUCCGAGACGGUUGACCCCGAGGAGGCUCUGUUCCUGGCCGCCUCGGAGACACCGUCGGACGAGAGCAGCCAGCUGAUGCCCAUGGCUGAGUACGGCACCCUGCAGGAGUCGGUGUUCGAGGAGGUGUCGCAGCUCCUGGAGAAGCUGUACACGGACACCGUGCUUGCCAUCGUGGACGAGUUGGUGCUUGACUUCAAGGCCAAGAGCAAGGCCUACCGGCGCGAGAAGUGGUUUUGCAUGCCGUCGCUGAACGACAGGGAAGACGCGGGGCUGACGCCGACCGCCUUCCCCAUGCUGAGCUGGCUGCAGUCCACUCUUCAACAGCUGCAGGAGGCCCUCGCUGCACCACUCUUCAACACGCUGUGGCAGGAAGCUGCGCGGGGCAUCAGCGUGUUCCUGUACGAGGAGCUGAUCCUGGAGAACUUCUUCAGCGAAGGGGGCGCCAUGCAGCUGAGUUUUGACAUGAACCGGAACCUGUUCCCCCUGUUCAGCACCUACACUCAGAAGCCUGAGAACCACUUCAAGGAAGUGAAGGAGGCCUGCAUCCUGUUGACGAUGCCGCACCCGGUGGCCUGGAUCCUACAAGAAACGCUCCGCGCGGCGCGGGCCACCGACGUCGUCACUGGCGGCACGGCGCUCGAGGAGCAGGGCGUCUCGUUCCUCACCCCGUCCCAGGCCAUGCACGUGCUCUCGAAGCGCAACGACCUUGUGCACACCUGAGUUGCCGUUGUCUCAAGCCGGCCACAGAGUCGGCUACAAAGCCGGCUGCACCAAACCAGGCCAAUCACCUUUCCCCCUCCUCCACACGCUCAGGUCUACUCCCAGGCCUUCGUGCAACGCUUUCGAGGCGCGGCGAUGUCGCAUGCUUGCGCGCCGAUAUUUGUUCCGAAGGCUCGGAGGGCUGGUCGACGAAAACGCUUGGAUGUCGAUUACGUUGAAAGUUGAGAGAAGGCCCAAAAAUUUAUUGCGCUGCUUUAUGAAGCGUUGCUGUAACAACUCCGUUGCAUCGUGACCCCCACCGUUGUAAAUGUGCCAAUCUUGUACUGUGCUGCUACGCACGGUCGACACAAAAACUAAAUUUGGAAGAGGUCAGCAUGCAGACGUCGAGGGUCUUUCGGGGUGAAAGGUCGGAAAGGCACGCGGGAGGCUCGCUGAGCAGAGUGAUAUCUCUGGCUGCAUGUUUUUGAUUGAGACAGACGAGCGCAAAGCUGCAGGGAGUGUUCGAGCUGGCAGACUCGAAAGGAUGGUAAAGAUUUUUUGCAGGCCGCGUUUCGGUAAACGAGGAGUUGCUGUUUGUUGGGGGCCAUACGGACAAAUACGAGAAGUGGCGUUCUGAAAAGCGUGCACAGCAUGUACCACAUUUCCUGCAGAGCUUUUCGGAUUGCAUACGUGUCAAAACUCUGGAAAUUGCAGCUACGUCAAGACUGAUAUGAUGACAGAGGCAGCAAACUCGUGUGCAUCCAUCUACUUUUAUUCAUUCUGAUGGAUCCCGCAAUCGAGUGUAGUACUCUUACUUAGACUUGGCAUGGUCCUCUGGCCGGUGUUAGGGUGGGAUAUGGCACUUUAAAAUUUUUUAUUUCUUGAUCGAUUUUUAUGAAACUUGCUGAGUUUAUGUAUACAUAUUUGUACGCUGAUUUUAGUUCUGCAGUUAUUUUUCUAGUAAUAACAUGUUUUUAAAAUAUAAACUAUUUCAUGCGCCAUUUGGGGAGCAAGAUUUUUCCUAUACUGAAGAAUUACUAAGUUACUCAGCAUAUUACAAUAAUAUGGAAUCGAAACUGUAUGCAAUACAACAAAAAUAGAUGCUCUAAACCUAUUUGAACUAAAGUUAUGGCAUGUGAACAUUCGUGAGCAAAAUCUCAGCUUGACACUGACUCACAAAUGUUCAGCGUAGCAUAACUAUUGUUCAAAUGGGUUUGGAACAUCCAUUUCAGUUGCACUGCGUACAGUUCUGAUUCAAGAUUAUUGUGAUAUGCUGAUUUACU